AUGCGCGGAGCUUUGAGAUUUGCCCUGUGGGCCUAUGCCUGGCAAGGAGGCGCUAGUGCGCUGAGCUGGCAGGACUGUGGGCUGCUUGCAGAUGAGAGGGGGCUUGAGCUUCUGGAGUAUCACCAUGAGCCGGAUCCGAUUGUGCUGGGCCAACCCUACAGCAUCACCAGGCGCUUCCGUUCUCUUCUCGACCGCCCCAUCCGCAAUCUCACAGAGAAGUUCCAGGCCUACAAUCGAAGCGGUGAAGCCUGGUCUCCAACCUUCGCGGCCGGGCCCUUCUCACGAUGCGGGGACCAGCAAUUCCAGACAAAAUGCCCUUUGGAGCCCAAGGCGGAGUUCUCGUUCCACGAGCGCCACCCUACCACCCAUGCUCAGCUCGGCGAGCACCGGGCCGUGGAGCACUACUUUGCUGAUGGUGCCUUUGUGGGCUGCGCGGUCGUCGUCUACCGCUACGUGCCCGGCAUUGUGCUCGCAUAG